AUGUCAUCGGACAUCCAGGUCUUCGUGAAAUGGAAAGACCAAUCGAUAUUCGCCGGGGAGGACGUGGAGUGCACAAUUACAUUCAAGAACGUUGCGGACAAGAAUGAAGACGCCGGACAUGCGCCAACACUCCAUCAGCGAAAGCAAUCCCGGACCCCGGGCACACCUCACUCGGAUUCCUUCUCUCUACGGCUCCCUUCAAAUCCCUUCAGGAGUCCAAACCGUCGCUCCUACUCUAUAGCUCCAAAAAAUAGCCCAUCCCAUCGCUUCUCCACUUCUGUGAGCUCACCGUUGAUCGGCUCUCAUAGCUUCCCGCCUCCCUCGACACCGCGGAAUGGCCCUCCGGGUGGCCACAAACAUAAGAGGUCAAUAUCCAUACUUUCAAUUGAUAGUGAGGGUGGAGCCUCAACUGGCCCAGGCGAUAAGACGCCGAGGACGCCGUCUCAGCUCAAUCAUUCGAGGCCGACGAGGGGUCACGGGCGUUCCGCGAGCUUACAAGUCGUUCCGAGAAGAUAUGAAGGAUAUGAGAAUAAUGGCGUGAAAAGUUUGCGAAGCCCAGUCCGUCCAUUUCCGUCGUCCGAGUCUCCUAUUACACCAUUUCCAGGCGCCCUGAAAGUAGAUGUGGAUGUGGUCAACAAACAAAGCGCUUCUAGCCCUGUAAGACCAACUUUACCGACACGCGCCUCCUCACGGCGACCUCAAUUGCCGCUUAUAGACUUCAAGUUUCCGCCAGGCCCUGAAAACGAAACAAAUUCAGGAGUUCCUGUUGCAUCACCCACCUCCGCAUCAACAGAGAGGACCACGGGGACCUCCGCGACAACAAGGCUUAAUGUUAGGGACUCCUCCUCGUCAUUGGCCGCUCCGGGCCAGCUGCCUCAGUCUACCAAAGUACUGUCGGCUUCCAGCCUAAGUGGGAGCCAUAGAAGCAGUGGUGAAUUCUACUCAGUUAGCAACAACUCUUCAGAAACUCUCCAGUCGGAAUACACAAAUUAUUCGGGCCCAGCGUUCCGUUCGGGCUUCCCUCGUCAUGGUCGACACGUAUCCAGCUUAGAGUCAGCGGUCUCCGUUGCUAAUGGGCAGGCGCUACUUAUGGGAUAUGCUCAGAUCAGUGCUUCAUUUACGGUUGACGGCUCAUUAAUUAACCAGGCCGCUUUUGAAGAAGUCAAAAGACAGGGAGUUGUUGGCGGAGCUGGCAACGCGCGCAAUGCGCCAAACGGCAGGCCCCCUUCGUCUGGAGAGAAAGGACGAAAAGGUGGCGGCUUUUGGGGCGCAUUAAACUGGAAUUCGAUAGAGGAGUCCAUCAGCGGGCUUCUUUCUAGCAAUGACUUGAAUGGUCUACGGGACAUGCGGGGAGUAACCUCAUCCCGAUCUAUUCCCUUGCUGUCGACUCCACAAUCACUUCUCUUCGUCGACCUCCGUCUGGCCCCAGGAGAGGAGCAGUCCUUUUCAUUUGCCUUCACUCUACCCAGCGGUCUUCCUGCAAGCCACAAGGGAAAAGCCAUAAAAAUUUCCUACAACCUCGUCAUAGGGACACAGCGACCAAGCGGGAGUACCGAGCCUCAAAAAGUCAAUCGCAUCAGCAUACCGUUCCGUGUCUUCAGCGGUGUAAAUGCCCAAGGAGCCAUCCUGGGUCAUGACCUGAUGCAUCCUCACGUUGUUCUCCGCGACGAGGCAAGAGUACAGAAGAUCGGCUCCUUGCCCCUUCCGCUAGCCCCAAAAGCGGAGAGCAUCAGUCGGCCUACGUGGACAUCAGCGCCCGAGUUCCUUUCAUACGUGGAUGAAAUUCUAGAGCAACGAUCCCGCAACAGUUCGCUCAAGCCGCCAGAUACAUUCGCUGAAAGGCGCCCAAGCCACGAUAUAUCUGCUGGGCCGUUGUCUUCCAAAGAUGCCAUUGACAUGGCGAUCCUUCGAAGUAACCAGGCAAUCAAUUCUUCUCAAAGUCCAAAUCGGUUUGAUAUUGCGCGUGGAGGACGUCGAAUCGCGGUGGUGGUUCUGAAUCGACCAGCACAUAGACUUGGCGAGACUCUCAUUGCGACAGUGAACUUUGUUGAUUCGGCACUUCCGUGUUACGCACUUCGAGCCACUCUGGAAAGUUCAGAGAAAGUAGGCGCACAUUUGGCUGUGCGAUCAAAUGCGAGCAUUCGGCGAGCGACGCGGCGAGUUCAUGCAUCAUUUUUUGAGAUUACUCUCUACUCUACAAGGGUUGUUUUCAGCCCUGCGAUACCAAUAUCUGCGACUCCUACAAUACUCACCAGUGGUGUUAACGUCGAAUGGGAGCUACGGUUCGAGUUUGUGACUACCAGCGUACCGGAUGAGAUGGGAUCCGGGCCUUCAGGCGCUCAGCUACUGGAGACGGUUUCUCAGGAUGAUCGAGGCUCUACAAUGUCCGCCUUGGAACAUCUGGGGUGCGAGUCCUUUGAGGUUGCAAUUCCCAUUACAAUAUACGGAGAAACUGUGCGAGAGCGGCUGCCAGAGGAGAACGAAGGGUAUUCGAUAUAA